AUGGAUCGCCCUUAUAUCACCAUACCGGAGGAAGAAUGUGAAGCAGGAAUCGAUGAAUGUAAGAACAAUCUUUAUGGGAGAGUUUUGUGGCCAAAGGGAACUGCGCCACUUGUUGUGGCUACGCUCAGGAAAAAGCAUGCUCUUAUUUGGCCAGAAGUGAAGAACUGGGGUGUUCAGUCAUUGAGGAUUUCAAUUCAUCAGUACAAAACAACAUUUCUACUCAAGUGUGAGUUAAAUUCUAUGGGUUGUCACAGGAAUACUAGAGGCCGCAGAUAUUUACUAUUUCUAGCCACAUUGGUACACCGAAUUGAGAUGGAGACAGAUGAAGAGUUCAAAGAGGGAGAGGUUAAAGAUGAUUGUGAAAAAGUCAUUUAUGAACUGGAUAAAUUGGAAGUUAAGAAAACAGUUAAUGGGAUUAGUUAUGGUAAUUGCAUAUGGCAGGCUUUGGUUUGGGUUGAGAGGAAUAUAGAGUCUUGGGGCAUGGUUUUUGUGGAGGUUUGCAGGGCUGCUUUUUGGUAUGAAUGA